GCGUCUCCCGAGGCCUCCCAGGAGCGUAGAUAGCACCUCGGCGGGACCCGUGAGGGCUCCGUGGCCGCGGUGCGGGAGGUGGGCGUCCGGAUCCUAAUCUUGCCCUUCUGGCAUGGUGUGGCUCUUGGCCUCCGUUUUCUCGGCCUGAGAAGUGGGGACGUCCGGAUUCCUCGCACUAAAGCAGUCUCUCAGAGGGCAUUUUCCAGGCCCGGGAAGGGGGCGGGGCCGCAGCCCAGAGGAGCAGCUUCCCCCACCGGCUUCUCGGACCCCGCCCGCCCCACCCCCACGAUGACCGCCCACAUCCUCCUGCUGUUGCUCCUCGCCUCCUCUACCCUGGGGGACCCGGACUCCGCGGGCAGGCGGCCUCGGCACCAGGUCUCCCAGCUGCGCGGGCACCUCUGUUCACUGGGCACGUGCCAGACGCACCGCCUGCCAGAGAUCAUAUACUGGCUCCGCUCUGCCUCCACCAAGGAGCUCUCAGGGAAGGCGGGCCGCAAGCCUCAGGAUCCCCACAGCUAUGGGCGCCGCCGGCGGCGCGCGGCCAGACUCCUGCUGCGUCUCCAGGACCCCAGCCUGCGGCAAGGAGGCCAGCUCAGUGCCCAGCUCGCUGGGUGAUGUUGGGCACAUCUCUUCUCGUCCCCUGGCUUCAGUCUACCCAUCUGUGUAUCGGGGCCGUGACCCCAAGUUUCUUUUCCCCUAACUCCACCUCCUGGGCUCUCCCCAGGCUGCGACUGGGCUGGACCACGUGCACACCGGACCCAGCAUGGACAAAGAAUAUUAACGUCCAGAGCUGAAUAAAACGAGAGUUCCAUGUUUCA